AUGUCGCGCCGGGCCCUGAGGCGGCUGCGGGGGGAGCAGCGGGGCCAGGAGGGGCCGGGGUUGGGCGAGCUGGGCCUCGACCCCGGCCCGGAGCGCGCCCGUGAGGGAGGCCCGCCGCCAGUCCCCGGGAAGGGGCCCCGCGGGCCGCGCCGCGCUGGCGUCAGCAACCGCUUCGAGCUGAUCCCAGCUGAGGAGUCGGAGGAUGAGCCGGCGGCCGGAGAGGAGCGACCGGACACGCGGCUCAGCGAGCAGGACACGGCAGGAGGGAACCAGGAGGGGAGCAAGGACAGGAACAAGGAAGGGGCUGUGACUGAGGAGACGGACGGUGAUGGGCAGAGAGAGGGGCAGGAACAGCCGGACCAAACGCUGGCAACGAAUAACAAGCCACGGAAGAAAAAAAAGAAAAGGAAAACCAAGAAAAAUUCAGCAGGAGAGACUGUGGAAGACAACGACCUGGAAGACAUCGACAGCCUUUUGGAGAGGAUCGAGGACCCCAGGCUUGCACCACAGAGCCAGGGUGGCAUCACCACUGACACCCGGCCUCUGCUCUAUGUGGAGCACAGAAACUUGAAUCCAGAGAAUGAGUUGAAGAGAUACUUUGGGGCUCGUGCUGUGCUCGGGGACCAGAGGCCAAGGCAGAGGCAGCGGCAGUACGUGCGCAGCAUGUGGCUGACAGCCCCCAAGAACACCUGGCCACGCUACAGCAAGACAGGUAUCACCAUGCAGCUGCUGGAUACCCGGAGGGGGGUGCAGCACUUCACCUUUGAGCACCACCGUGAGUACCAGCAGGUCCAGUUCAAGUUCCUGGAUGCUGUGGAGUCCAUGGACCCCAACAACAUCGUGCUGCUGCUCCAGAUGAACCCCUACCACGUGGACUCCCUCCUGCAGCUCAGCGACGUGUGCCGCAUGCAGGAGGACCAGGAGAUGGCCCGGGAUCUCAUAGAGCGGGCACUGUACAGCCUGGAAUGCGCCUUUCACCCCGUGUUCAGCCUCACCAGCGGGACCUGCAGGCUGGACUACCGGCGCCCAGAGAACAGGGCUUUCUUCCUGGCUCUUUUCAAGCACCUGAUGUUCCUGGAGAAGAGGGGCUGUCCCCGCACAGCCCUGGAGUUCUGCAAGCUCAUCCUGAGCCUUGAUCCUGAGAACGACCCUCUCUGUGUGCUCCUGCUGAUUGACUUCCUGUCCCUCCGGGCCAGGGAAUACACCUUCCUGACCCGCCUCUUCCAGGAGUGGGAGAGUCACCGGAAUCUGUUCCAGCUGCCCAAUUUUGCCUUCUCAGUGCCACUGGCCUAUUUCUUCCUGAGCCAGCAGGAAGAGCGCCCGGAGCUGGAGCGGAGCCAGGCCCGGGAGCGAGCGGCCCGGCUUAUCCAGCUCGCUCUCAUCAUGUUCCCAAGCGUUCUGAUGCCGCUGUUGGAUCACUGCAGUGUGCAGCCUGAUGCCAGGGUUGCCUCCCACCCCUUCUUUGGGCUGAAUGCCCAGAUCAGCCAGUCACCCGCCCUGAACCAGCUGACAUCCCUGUACGUGGGCAGGACACACGCCCUGUGGAAGGACCCGGCUGUCAUGGCCUGGCUGGAGCCCCACGUCCACGAGGUUCUGUGCAUGGUGGAGGCCCGGAAUGCAGUGGUGCAGGAGGCUGAGCACAAGAGGAAGAUCCGAUACCAGAGCGCUCCCAGGAACAUCUACCGGCACAUCAUCCUCUCGGAGAUGAAGGAGGCAACAGCAGCCCUGCCUCUGGAGGUGACAUCACAGCCAGUGAUGGGGUUUGACCCUCUCCCUCCUCUGGAUUCCAUUGUUUCCUACACCCGACCAGAAAGGACAAGCCAUCCUUCCAAUGAAAGCACUUUAUCCCUCUUCUUCCGCUCGCUGCUGCCAAAUUUUAACUUGGAGGGGGACAUCCGGCACGACGGGGACGACGAGGCCGGGGCAGCACAGGACCUCAACCAGGGGGUGAACAGGCUGAUGGCGGCCAUGCGGGACAUGCUGGCCAACAUCCAGUUCCAGGAGCCCCCCCGCGACGACAAUCCCGAAGGUGAUGGUGACUGGGAUUGAUCCCGGGGUGUCUCCCUCCAAACCCUCUGGCAUCACCCCCCGAUUUGUGUUGCACUCCAAUAAAGUCAGACAAAUGGA